AUGCUCCCACAUGUCCCAGCCCCAGGGGCUACCUCCGCGAUAGUCAGCCUGCCCACAGCCUUCCAAGUAUUCGGUUUGUGCGACGCCAGCAUAUCUACUGCUGCUCUGUCGCAACCCGGUGGGCCUCCUCAAACCUUUCUCAUCAAGAAGCGCAUCUCCAACCAGCUUUCCGCCUACCGCAACGACUCGGCAUCAGCCUUGAAACGUACGGGCCGCGACCAUCUGGGCCUCUGGCAUGUGCAAUGUCGCUACUUCCAGCGGACUACACGCCGCCGAUUGGAGGCAUUGACUUUGCACCAGCUCGCCGCCACAACUGCUGCGAGCGUCUGUGGCGACUGGCGGUCCCACAGAGAUGCAGAGAAUGCGGGCUUUUCCUUCGUUCGGCAACAUAGCGUCGCGCUCGCCGACUUCCGACUGUUCACUAUCAUUGGAACGUGA